AUGUCCCUCGACUCGGCCAGUCGUCCCAUCAUGGCUCCAUCGGAGAAGCGCUACAGCACCUACAGCAUGACACCCUCCGACGCCCCCACCACCCUCAGCACCGACAGCAUGACUGCCGAGAUCAGGCCCAUCGUCGACGGCCUUGAGCGCCUCAAGAACCCUCGCCUCGCCGACCAGCGCGUGUACCUCAAUGAAGAAAAGACUACCAACCUCCAGAAGCUUGCCCUGAGCGCCAAGCUCGAGCGCGCGCUUGACCGGAGGAUGAGCAGCCAAGAUGCCGUCAUGCGGCCGCGGAAACCAUCAGUUGUCGUCACCGAGAAGGAGAAGGCUUGA